CAUCACCGAGUCAUUUUCUAUUUCUCUCUCCGGCAAACGCCCUUGAAAUGAACUUUGGCUGCCGCGGCGGUCAACCUUGGUCCGCGAAAUCUAAAGUAAAUUCGCCCAAAACUCCGCGUGUCACGCGACCCGACCGUCCGAGCCCGGUCCGCAGCCUUUAGAGUGAAAAGAUUGAACUAACAAGUGAAGAGGAAAAUCUUUUGUGCCACCAUGUCUAGGGACAGGAUGUCUCGGCGCUUCUACCGCGUCGAGUCCAGCCAGGACUUGCUCGCCUACAUGGACAAGGGCGAGGCGGCCAAUUUGGAGAACCGAUGGUGCUUCGAGACUGCAUGGGAAGCCGCCAACAAAGUUGGUGGAAUUUACACUGUAAUUCGGUCAAAGGCGUUUGUUUCCACGGAGGAAAUGGGUGAGCACUAUUGUCUCCUGGGACCAUACAAGGAACACUGUGCCAGGACAGAGAUUGAGGAGAUGGAGUUCCCCAACAACAGCCCCUUGAACGUUGCCGUCCGCAAACUCAGAGACCAGGGUUACAAAGUUCACACUGGCACGUGGUUGGUAGAUGGAAACCCUCAGAUAAUUUUGUUUGACAUUGGUUCUGGUGCGUGGAAACUGGACCACUUCAAGCACGAGUUGUGGGAGACUUGCCACUUAGGCAUUCCACACCUGGACAUUGAAGCCAAUGACGCUGUCAUCCUUGGCUACAUGGUUGCCGAAUUUAUCGCAGAGUUCAGGAAGGCAGCAGAAGAGUUGUCGGACAUAAAACCACGUGUCGUUGCGCAUUUCCACGAAUGGCAGGCGGGCGUCGGGUUGAUUGCGUUGAGGACGAGACAUGUUGAGGUUGCGACCGUCUUCACCACCCACGCCACCCUGCUCGGCAGGUACCUCUGUGCUGGAAGCACCGACUUCUACAACAACCUUGGAACUUUCAAUGUGGAUGAGGAGGCGGGGAAGCGUCAGAUCUACCAUCGAUACUGCAUGGAGCGAGCGGCGACGCACCUGAGCCACGUGUUCACCACUGUGUCUGAAGUGACAGGACUAGAGGCUGAACAUCUUCUCAAGCGCAAGCCCGACUUCAUCACGCCAAACGGGCUGAACGUGAAGAAAUUCUCCGCAUUGCACGAGUUCCAGAAUCUGCACGCUAUGGCCAAGGAAAAGAUCAACGACUUCACAAGGGGCCACUUUUACGGCCACUACGACUUUGACUUGGACAAGACCCUGUACUUCUUCAUUGCCGGCCGCUACGAGUUUGGCAACAAGGGCGCCGACGUCUUCAUUGAGUCGUUGGCGCGGCUCAACCACUACCUGAAGGCGGCCAACUCUGAUACAACAGUCGUCGCCUUCCUCAUUUUCCCAGCCAAGACCAACAAUUUCAACGUUGAGAGUCUACGAGGAGCGGCCGUGACCAAGAGUUUGCGCGAGACCAUCAACAGCAUCCAGCAGAAGAUGAGCAAACGCCUGUACGAGAUCUGUCUGCAGGGCAAGCUGCCCUCGACCAACGACCUUUUGCUCAAGGAGGACACGGUCAAGCUCAAGCGCUGCAUCUACGCCCUGCAGAGGGACGGACUGCCACCUGUCACCACACACAAUAUUGUUGAUGACUGGAAUGACCCUGUGCUCAACGGUGUCAGGAGGUGCCAGCUUUUCAACACCGUUCAUGACAGAGUCAAGGUUGUUUUUCACCCGGAGUUUCUCUCUUCGACAAACCCCCUCUUUGGACUAGAUUACGAGGAAUUCGUGAGGGGCUGCCACUUGGGUGUUUUCCCUUCUUACUACGAGCCUUGGGGCUACACCCCGGCAGAGUGCACAGUUAUGGGCAUCCCUUCUAUUACGACCAACUUGUCAGGAUUCGGCUGCUUCAUGCAAGAACACGUGGCAGAUCCAAUGAGCUACGGCAUUUACGUGGUCGACCGGCGCUACAUCUCACUCGAGAGCACCAUCAGGCAGCUGGCGCAGUACAUGUUUGACUUCUCCAGGCUCAACCGCAGGCAGCGCAUCAUCCAGCGAAACCGAACUGAGCGUUUAAGUGAUCUUCUCGACUGGCGAAAUCUUGGAAUUUACUACCGACAAGCAAGAAUGCGGGCACUAAAGAAUGUUUACCCUGAGAUUGAAGAGGAAGGCGAGGGUGAAGGUGGAAGGUUCAACUAUCCGAGACCCAUUUCGGAGCCUCCGAGUCCCAGUUCUUCACGAAUGACCACACCUGCACCAUCAGAACAUGGUUCGGAAGAGGAGGAUGAAGUUGAUGAGGAAAAGGAGCUUGAAGAACUUGCUCAUGGAGGCAACUAAAGCUGAGGUUGAGGGACAAGAAGCCGGAAACUGAUCGCACUUAUCACUAAAAUGUGCACCUGUUGAGAGAGUAGAUAUUUUUGCGUUUCAAACGUCUUCCGCAUUGCGUUGUGUACAGGCUUUUUGGCCUUUUAGCUGCUCAUUUUUUUCUAGUUGUGUAAUUCAACAGUGCCAUUAUUUAGCCUUUCAGUUCAUUUGUUAUUAAUUGUUCUUGUAUUUUAAGUAUUUUGCUCGCAAACCACUUUUUGCGCCCUCCACCUUAAGUAUAUUUUUAUAAAAUAUAUAGAUCAUUUUAAUCUGUUAUCUGAGGAUUACUAUUAUUGUUGAGUUUGAAAAAGAGCGUACUAUGAAUGUAUUCUAUUAAACCAUACACACUCUAUGCAUUGACGUGGCUGUGCAAUAUAGCCGCUCACACAUUGUCAUGUUGAUCAACUUGAGAAAUUUUAAUUAAUCUUAGAAAAAUCAAGCUCUACUGCAAGUUACAAUAAGGAGAUGUAUAUGCCAUGGGCAAUCAUGAUAUAUGCUUUUGGGGGACUCGACUAGAAGAACUUUGCUUGAAAUAUUGCCACUGAUGUGCACAAAAUUAAUCUCACACAGAAUAGCAAAUUAUUUGUGAAGUUUAUGUAUUGGUUCUGUCUAUGUAAAAUAUUAUUAUCUCUUAUGGGGUUUGGUUCAUAAAUUUUAAAUAAAAUUAGAAAACUGGUAGCAGAUGCACAUUUUAAGAGAGGACCGGAACGGACAGUGCCCAGUGAAAGAUAAAAUAUAUUUAGCUCUUUUGAAAGUCAUGAAACUAGGUGUUUUCUGUUUUUGUUUUACUUUUAAGUAAAAAAGAGAGCUUUCUGACAUAAUAAUACCAUAAUUCUUGAGGCAGGAGAAGACAUUCAAAAAUUUAAUCUAAUAUAAAAUAUUACAAAUCAAAACUUGUUAAAAAAAUACUUAGAACUAUAUUGCAGCACUAAAUUUUUAGUUGAAUUAUUUUUAUAAUUCAAGAGAGAGGGUGUGUGUAGAGCGUCUGUGCCAUAAAUAUUGAUUAUUGCAAUAAAAUUAAUAAUAUAGCAAAAAAUCG